CUCGGGCCCUCAGGCGGAGCGGCGGGCGCCGGACCCCCAGGUGGAGCGACAGGUCUCGGGCCCUCAGGCGGAGCGGCGGGCGCCGGACCCCCAGGUGGAGCGACAGGUCUCGGGCCCUCAGGCGGAGCGGCGGGCGCCGGACCCCCAGGUGGAGCGACAGGUCUCGGGCCCUCAGGCGGAGCGGCGGGCGCCGGAUCCCCAGGCGGAGCGACAGGUCUCGGGCCCUCAGGCGGAGCGGCGGGCGCCGGACCCCCAGGCGGAGCGACAGGUCUCGGGCCCUCAGGCGGAGCGGCAGGCGCCGGACCCCCAGGUGGAGCGACAGGUCUCGGGCCCUCAGGCAGAGCGGCGGGCGCCGAGUCAUCUGGCACGACAGUGGGCUCCGAGUCAACUGGCAUGACCGCUGGCACUGGGUCAGGCAUUGGAUCGUCUGGCUGGACAGCGGGCAUCGGGUCACCCGGCAUCAGGUCAUUUGGCUCAACAGCGGGCACCGCGUCAUCUGGCAAGGCAGUGGGCUCCGAGUCAACUGGUAUGACCGCGGGCACUGGGUCAGACAUUGGAUCGUCUGACUGGACAGCGGGCAUCGGGUCACCAGGCAUCAGGUCAUUUGGCUCAACAGCGGGCACCGCGUCAUCUGGCAAGGCAGUGGGCUCCGAAUCA